AUACAUACAUACAUACAUACAGUACUUUCCAAGCAAUUAGUCUCGCAUCUCCAGCUCCAGAUCAAGCUCCAUCGAGCAUCUUUUAAACCCCAUUUGCGCCUACGACCACGACACCACCACCACCACCCACUACACACACCACAGCACAAUGCUCACCCGCCGCACAACCCUCCUCACGGCCCUCCUCGUCGCCAGCACCUUCGUCCUCUUCCUGAACGUUGAUUUUUUGUCAAAAUACGCGGGGUCACCACUUGCUGUGCCUGUUGCGCCUGGGGGGUUCCCCGCGGGGGCGCCUGGGGGGGAGGGACUGGGAGAUGGGGGAUGGCCGGCGGCGCCGGAGAGGCCGCAGGUAUUUGGUGAUGGGGGGUUGGCUGUUGUUAAUGAUAAGGAUGGUGGGUUGGGGGGGUUGAAUGGGGAUGGCGGUCUUGGUGGUUUGGGAGGGGAUAAGGAUGCGGGUUUUGGGGGGGACAAUAAGAACGCUGGUCUGGACGGAUUUGGGGGAAACAAGGACAGUGGUCUUGACGGCCUGGGGGGAGAUAAUAAGAACGCUGGUCUGGACGGCCUCGGUGGCCUCGGUGGCCUAGAUGGCAACAACGAGAGCAAAGAAGCUGGCAACACCGCGCCAAUUGACUUCCCACCCUCAAACACCGAUAGCACCACCAUCGCCGUCCCUCCCGCCAUCCUCCCAGAAACCACCACCACCAACACCAACCCCAAUACCAACCCAGCACCCACCAACGCCGACGGCUCUCCAAAAAACACCUACUUCGACCAAGCCUUCUCGGCCUCCCCCCCCACGCCCUACGACUUCCCCGCCCUCACAGCGCAAUGCGCACGCACGCACUGGCGCACCGACGACGUCUACCUCCAAUGCGGCGGCAUGGCCGCUGGCCUCACCUCCAUCAUGUCUCAAGUCAAAGUGUGCUUAAAAAUGGCCUUCGAAGCCGGUACCGGGCUCGUCCUCCCCAGCAUGCCGCUGCGCGACUCGGAGCACCUCGAGCAAUUCAACCUCAUGAACCAGGAUGCGUAUAUGACGUACGACCAGUGGUUCGAUGUUGCGCACCUCAUGGACUCCGUCAAGCGCGUGUGUCCGCAGAUGAAGAUCGUGCACCCGGCGCAGCUUGAUACGGCGGAGUACCCCGUGAAGAAUAAGUGGCUUAUCAAGCUCGAGGAUGCGAAGGGGUAUAGGCAGUUCCAGAGCUAUUUCUGGACUGGGCGGCCGUUCGCGACGUUCUUCGAUGAGCAGUAUACUAAACUCACGCAGCUGGAUAAGUUGAAUCCGCAUAACAAGGCUGCUGUGGAGCAGGGGGCGCCGGCGAAGAAGGGGAUGACUGUCGUGAAGAUGUCGAGUAACUUCCUCCUUUUCCGCAUUACCGACGACCCGACGGGACAGGAUCUGAAACUCUGGAACGACCUGGGCCAUCUGAUCCGCUUCACGCAACCGACGCGCGAUCUCGUCUCCGCGCUCCUCGGCCACGUAUCACGCCCGUUCUACGGCGUGCAUUUCCGCGUCGAGAAGGACACGAUCUGGUCCUCGCUCGAGAACCAGCUCAAGGUCGACCUUGACGCGCUGGAUAAGGCGUGGGGGAUGUUUGGCACCCCCGGCGGGGAGAAGCCGCUCGUCUACCUUGCGUGCGGGGACCAGGAGCAGGUUGCUAAGUUUGUGGAGGCGGGUAAGGCGCGCGGGUGGGAGGUGACGCAUAAAUGGACGCUUGCUGGGGGGGAUAAGACGACGCUUGAGAAGAUUGAUGCGCUGCCGUUUGAUUUUCAGGGGGCGGUGGAUAUGGGGUUUAUGGUUAAGAGUGAGUUCUUCUUGGGGAUUACGGGGAGUGCGUUUUCGAGCACGAUUGGGAAUGCGAGGGAUGUUACGGGGAGGUAUAGGGGGAGUUCGUUGUUGUUGGGGAAGGGUGGGGAUGGGGGGGCGAGGACGCAUUUGUUUAAUGAUGGGGAUGCGAGUCUUUAUGCUUGUUGUUUGUGA